AUGGGCUCGGGUCCCUCAAAACCAGCCCCUUCGAGUACCCAACAUGUCUUCUCUAGCGAAACUCCGGUCCGCUUCUCUCAAGACCUCGUCAAUGCUCUCCAAGCCAGUCCCGAAACCGACAGCACCCGUGCCAAAGACCUAGAACUGCACAUCCAGUCCCGCGUCACCGCCGAGCUGGCCCGUCUAGACGCCGAGACAACCCAAGAGCUCACGGAUCUCGAAGCCCGCAUCUCUUCUACGCCCGAUUCUACUACCGAAAGCACCAACACCCCUUCGACCACUAUCCCAGACCAAACGUCUUCUUCGGGUGGCCCGGAUCACAAAGCCAAGGCAGAAGGGGAUAGGACAAGGGAUCUGAGUAGAGUGAAGGUGCAAGAAGAGAUUGAGAAGCUGAAGAGUAAGCUAAAAGAGAGGCAGCUGAAAGAGGAUAUAAUGAAAGAUACAGAAGUCAAUAAGGCAAAAGAAAAAGUAGUGGCAUGUCUGAGGCUGAAUGAUCGGAGGCCGUUGGACUGUUGGAAGGAGGUGGAGACCUUCAGAAGAGAGGUCGGAAGGUUGGAAGGGGCUUUUCUGGGGAGGGUUUUAGAAUAG